UCAAAAUAUUUAUUCACUACUUUCAAUAUAAAAACAUUCCAUCUCUACUUAAAACUCAUAUUUUUAUUUCAUUCAUUUGUGAAAGUGUAAAAUGGCUGUAAGCGCAGGUUCAUCAGCUGCUCUACCAACAAAUUACGAAUAUUAUACCAGUGGAGGUAUCCAUCAAGGUUUAAGUGCUAAUCAGAGCUACUUUACUCUAAAUGACAGGCUCAUCAGGAUCUAUAGUGGAGCUAUGCAUUAUUUUAGGGUACCGAGACCUUAUUGGAGAGAUCGCCUGAAGAAAAUUAGAGCUGCUGGAUUGAACACAGUUGAGACAUACAUUCCGUGGAAUCUACACGAGCCAGAAUCAGGUAAAUAUGAUUUUGGAAAUGGUGGCUCUGAAAUGGAGGAUUUUCUGUAUUUGGAAGAGUUCUUGAACACUGCUAAAGAAGAAGAUUUGUUUGUUAUAUUAAGACCUGGACCUUACAUUUGUUCCGAAUAUAAUUUUGGCGGUUUUCCUAGUUGGUUGUUAAGAGAAAAAACUAUGGGUUUUAGGACUUCUGAAUCAACUUACAUGAAAUUUGUCACAAGGUGGUUUAAUGUUUUGCUGACUCUAUUAACUGCAUUCCAAUUCACAAAAGGAGGACCGGUAAUCGUUUUUCAAGUGGAAAACGAGUAUGGCUAUAUGAAAUACAAAGAUCUUAUGCCAGAUAAGGACUAUCUCGAACAACUUCAUCAGCUUUAUUUAAAAAAUAAUAUAGUGGAGCUACUGGUAACAUCUGAUAGUCCUUUAGCUAGUGGCACUCAAGGAACGUUACCUGAUGUAUUCCUUCAAACUGCCAAUUUUGGUGGAGGAGCAACAGAUCAGCUUAAUAAGUUGGAAGAACUACAACCGGGCAAACCACUGAUGGUAAUGGAAUUCUGGAUAGGAUGGUACGAUUUCUGGGGUGCAAAUCAUACGGGAAAAUCGGACGACGAUACUAGAAAUGUUCUUAGUGAAAUUCUAGCAAAAAAUGCUUCAUUCAGCACCUAUAUGUUCCACGGAGGAACUAAUUUUGCUUUUAAUAGUGGCGGCUCAUUUUCUAACGACCUGACAGACAAUUCUGGGUUUGAAAUAAUUACCACCAGUUAUGACUAUGAUUCACCUUUAGACGAACAAGGAGCGUAUCGCAGCAAGUACUACAUAGUUAAAGAAUUGGUAGCUGCUGCAAAUCCUGUUCAGACCUUUACUCCAGACGUUCCAGAACAUAUUCCUCCUGUAGCUUAUGAAAGUACAACUAUUAGUGAUACUUUGCCAUUAAAUAGUGUAAUUGAAAACAAUGCUCCUUACGAAAUUAGUAGUGCUUAUGUAGUUGCGAUGGAAUUGCUGGAUAUCAAUAACAAAUCUGGUCAAAGUAACGGAUAUAUUGUUUACAGGAAAGAGAAUGUCGAUUUGGAACCAGGAUCUUUAUUAACUAUUGAAGGUCAUGUUUGUGAUACCGUACUGGUUCUUGUUAAUGGAGAAUUAAUUGCCCCCAAACAAUUAAAAGUUUUGUCUGACUUCGAUGGGUUUGGCUUCUGGAAACUAGGAAAUUCGAGUGUUACAUUAAAUAGCCAGGUUGUUUUUGGAGCUACCAUUGAUUUAGUAGUGGAAGAGAUGGGCAGAAUGAAUGGAGGAAACUUUUACCAAUAUAAUCAAACACGCAAAGGAUUGUGGCAAGGAAACGUAACUAUUAAUUCAAAUGUUAUAUCGAAUUGGAAAGUAGUACCUUUGGAACUAAAAAAAGAAUGGAUUAGUAAUUUGAAAGGAUGGGAAAAAUACCAAAAUGACACAACAGGCACAGGCUUUUAUAGAUCUAUAUUGACCAUCAAUGAAGAUCCACAAGAUACUUUUAUUGAUACACGAGAAUGGGGCAAAGGUAUAGUAUUUGUGAAUGGAUUUGCCUUGGGACGUUACAACGCUAUAGGACCACAGCAAACUCUAUAUCUACCAGGGCCAUUUUUAAAAAAAGGAGACAAUGAAAUCACGUUUUUUGAACAUUUCUAUGCACCCGCUGAUGGAAAAGUGAUUUAUACCGAUCAACAGAUAUAUGAAAUUAUAAAAACAUAUUUUAGAAAUAGUUUUAGUAGUAACGAAGACUUAUUGAAGAUCACAAUGGCUUUGAGUUCUGGAUUAUCGUUAGGAUCAGAUGCUUUACCAACAAAUUACGAAUAUUAUACAGGGGGAGGUAUUAAACAAGGCCUAAAUGCUGAUCAAACUUAUUUUACUUUAAAUGACAGGCUCGUGAGAAUCUACAGUGGGGCUAUGCAUUAUUUUAGAGUACCCAGACCAUAUUGGAGAGAUCGCUUAAAGAAAAUAAGAGCUGCUGGAUUAAAUACUGUAGAGACUUAUGUUCCGUGGAACCUACAUGAACCAGAAUCAGGCAAAUAUGAUUUUGGCAACGGUGGUUCUGAAAUGGAAGAUUUUCUUCAUUUGGAAGAGUUCUUGAACACUGCUAAGGAAGAAGACUUAUUCGUAAUAUUGAGAACUGGACCGUACAUUUGUUCUGAGUACAAUUUUGGCGGUUUUCCUAGUUGGCUGUUGAGGGAAGAAACAAUGGGUUUCAGAACAAGUGAACCAACUUACAUCAAAUUUGUUACAAGAUAUUUUAAUGUGUUACUAACACUACUAGCAGCAUUCCAAUUCACUAAAGGUGGUCCUGUAAUAGCAUUCCAAGUAGAAAAUGAAUACGGAAAUCAGGAGUAUCAAAAUUUUCUUCCAGAAAAAGCUUAUUUGGAACAAUUACGGCAGUUAUUUCUGAAUAAUGGAAUUGUGGAACUUUUGGUUACUUCCGAUAGUCCAUUAUCACAUGGUUCAAAGGGAACAUUGCCUGGUGUACUUCUCCAAACAGCGAAUCUUGGUGGAUCUGUAAAUAAGCAGUUGGACAAACUCGAAGAGUUGCAACCUGGAAAACCAUUGAUGGUGAUGGAAUUUUGGAUAGGCUGGUUUGAUUUUUGGGGAGCUAAUCAUACCGGAAAAACUGAUUCGACUAUAAAAGGUGUUCUAACAGACAUUUUAGCUAGAAACGCUUCAUUUAACAUCUAUAUGUUCCAUGGUGGUACCAAUUUUGCUUUCAACAAUGGAGCAUCUCUCGGAAAUGCUUUGAUUGAUAAUUCUGGCUUCAAAGCUAUUACUACAAGCUACGAUUAUGACUCCCCUCUGGAUGAACAAGGAGCUUACAGAAACAAGUACACAAUAGUUAAAGAACUUGUAACUGCCGCUAAUCCUGUCAAAACAAUAUUACCAGAUCAACCAGAACAUGUUGCGCCCAUUGCGUACAAUAGUACUUUAAUUCAUGAUUUUUUACCUUUUAGUAAAGUUAUUGAAUAUAAUUCUCCUGAAGUAAUUGAGAGCAAUUAUGUGAUAGCUAUGGAAUUACUUGGUAUUAACAAUGGAUCUGGGCAAAGUAAUGGAUAUAUAGUUUAUAGAAAAGAACAUAUUAAUUUAAGUGCUACAUCUGUUUUGACCAUUGAAGGACAUGUCUGUGAUAAUGUUAUGGUUUUGGUAAAUGGACAACUGGUAGGUCCAAAGCAACUAAAAUUUGCUUCAGAUUUUGAUGGUUUUGGAUUUUCCAAACUUAAGGAUUCAAAUAUUACUUUAAAUAGUGAAGUUAUAAAUAAUGUAACUAUUGACGUUGUUGUGCAAGAAAUGGGUAGAAUGAAUGGUGGAAAAUACUUUCAGUAUAACCAAACUCGUAAAGGUUUAUGGCAAGGUAAUGUCACAAUAAAUACGGAAACAGUAUCAGACUGGAAAAUAAUACCUCUUGAAUUAAAGAGAGAAUGGAUAAACAAAUUAGUGGGUUGGGAUGAUUACAAAGCAAAUUACUCUGGACCGGCUUUUUAUAAAAGUAUUUUGCAUAUCGACGACGACCCCAAAGACACAUUCAUUGAUACCAGAGGCUGGGGAAAAGGCAUGGUUUUUGUUAACGGCUUCAACUUAGGUCAUUACAUGGCUGUUGGUCCUCAAGCUACAUUAUACCUGCCCGGUCCAUUUUUGGUUGAAGGAGAUAACGAAAUAGUAUUCUUCGAACAGUUUUACACGCCUGCAAAUGGAGCAGUGGUUUAUUCAGAUAUACAAAUUUAUGAAAAUGUUUAUUAAAUAAUUAAAACUCUUACGACAUA